UGUUGAUUCAAUUCUUAUCACAAGCUGUUCUCCGUGUUUGAUUUCGUAAUCGUAAUGUGUACGUACUUUUUUCAAUUUUGAAGUUGAGUUCGAGUUCUCUUUUAUUUGAGUAGAACAAAGUUAAAUUCAGUCAUAAUUAAUGAAAAAAAUAUUUAUUAUGAAUAAAAUCUACAGUUGGUUGAUACCAUUCACAAAUCAGUUCAAAUACACCAGCCUAAUCAGUAAUUCAAAAUCUGAUGGACAUUUCAGAAAUACCAUUUGGGAUCCUCUUCUUAUAAUAUCGCAAAUUAUUGCAUUACAAGCAAUAUAUUACCUAACACUGGGGAUUUGGAUCUCAGUUAUUUGCUUUGUUGUGGGCACAUCUAGAUCAUUAGACCACAUAUUUCGAUAUCAGGAAAUUCAUGUUCGAGAUAUUCCAGGCAAAUUGAUCAUUGCUGCUUUUAUAUUCAAUGCUUUCACAGGAGCUGGUGCUAUGUGGUUUGUGGUUCAAAGAACGAAACUCUGCCUGGAUUUUUCUUGUACCGUUCAAGUUUUGCAUUUGCUGGUUUGUUGGUUUUAUAACGGACAAUUCCCAGUUGGAUUUUCAUGGUGGUGUUUAAGUGUCGUUUGCUUAGCUGUGAUGUGUAUAUGUGGUGAAUUUUUAUGUAUGAGAACUGAAUUAAAAGCUAUUCCAUUAUCACUAGGGCAGAAAACGGAUUUAUGAUAGCUAAAUAGCCCAUUUUAUAUUUCAUAUUAUUGAAAGUUACAUUACUUAUUGGUGUUCAAUUUCUAAUAAUUUAUUUGAAUUAAAAAUGACAUUUUUUGUCGUAAUUUUUUUGUUUGGAAGUUUUGUAAGAUUGUGAUUGUAUUGUAUGAAAAAAAAUAUAUAAGUCGUAUUAAAACAA